AUGCCACAGCCAGAAGAUGUCACAUUCGACACUCAAUUUGAUGUUAGCAACAACAAUAGUGAGUCAAAAGGAAGAUAUAUUUCUUCACAAGGAUAUAAGAUUGCAAUAGCUCGAACGCCAAAUGAACCAAAUAACAGAUUUGCGGGAGCUGGAAUGGCAACUAGUGUAUACAAUCCUCAUGUUAAAGACGGGCAACAUAGUGGUUCUCGACUAAAAAUUCAAAAAGGGUCAGAUAUUUUACAAGUUGGUUGGAGAGUGGAUCCAACAUUAUAUGGGGAUACUAAAACUAGGCUUUUUAUACACUUUCAGGCCGGUAAAACUCAUUGCUUCAAUACACUAUGUCCUGGCUUUGUACAAGUAGAUAGUGAGUUUCCUCUUGAUAGAUCAUACCAGAAUAUGCUUUCUCAGCGUGGAGGGAAAACUUGGGAUGCCACAAUGUACAUUGAUCGGGAUUUAGCCAACGGAAAUUGGUGGCUAUUAAUGACUAGAAGCUUUAACCAAGUUGGUUUCUGGCCGCAAAGGAUCUUCACUGACUUGACAAGUUUUGCUACGAAUGUUGAAUGGGGAGGAGUUGCAUAUAGUCCACCAGGUGUACCUAAACCUCCCAUGGGCUCAAGUUUUUUUCCUAUUAAAAACUCCUCUUAUGAUGGUUAUUGUAGCGAAAUAACAAUUUUAAAUGAGAAAGGAAAGACGAUCAAAGUAGAUGAAACAAUCACGCAUACCGACAAUCCCAAUAUGUACCAAGUUUUCGCUGAGCCAAUUUGGCAUAAUUCAGAAUGGAGGUAUUUUGUUCUUUAUGGGGGACCUGGUGAGAGUCCACAUGUUUAGUAUGAAAGACAUUCUUCUAAAUCGCUAAAAGGUAGAAGAAAAUAGUUCCUACUUUUAUGUAUACUUUUGAAUUUCAUGUUGCCUUCCAAACAAAUGCAGAAAAAAAAAGCAUUUCGUUUUAUUUUUCUAACUAUACUAUAACUUUCGAUGCAAUAUAUUAUC